UGUGCAAAGGGGGCGGGGCUGGAAGAGUUCCUCACCCUCGUGUGUUUGAUGCAGUCAGCUGAGCACAACUUGUGCGGACGCGGCUCUAACCUCGUACAACAUGCAGGAUCACAAGGAAAACGUUUAACCCUGUGCACAGUUUGUCAUUCCACCGUGUACAGAAAACAAUCCAGUUAAACACCCUCCCUUUUAAUUCAACUUCUCCGUUCUUUUCCCGUGAAGAUUACCAAUUUGGAGGCUGUUGCACAGGGUUUUGGAGUUGCAUGUGACUGCUCAUCAAUUGAGGUGAUUCUGAGUAUGGCCUUAGCUGGAUGCCCAGACUACUUCCUCCACCAUCCAAACUACCAGGACAAUGUUGACCGGACUCCUCCUCACAGACCGUCCAAUCUCAUUGGUUCAAGCUUCCAGCAGUCAUCCAAUCUGAACUCUCCCAAUCACCCAGAGGAUGAUGUAGAUCUGGAGGCCCUGGUGAAUGACAUGGCCUCUCUUUCAUCCUAUGAGAGCGUCUAUGCAACCUGUGGGACCCAGCAUUCAGACUCCGCCCCCCUCUUGCACCGCACCGAUGGCAGUGGGCUCCAUGGCAACAGAGUGGCCCCGCAGCUACGGGCCCCUAGUAAUAAAGUCACCGCCCCCCACUCUCCAGCUCAAAAGCUCCGGCGAUCUCAGCCAAUGCACAUACAGGCAGUCAGGCGACUUCAAGAAGAAGAGUUGCAAGUUCGUCCGGCAUCUUUGCCAGCUAUUCCGAACCCUUUCCCUGAGCUCUGCAGUCCCUCGGGAUCUCCUGUGCUGAGUCCUGGAUCGCUGCCACAGCCAUCGGAGUCACAUAUCAUCAAAGUUUUCAGCGAGGAUGGUGUGGGAAAAGUUGUGGAGGUCCCUGCCGACAUGACGGCCAGAGAUGUGUGUCAGUUCCUGGUCUACAAGAACCACUGCCUGGAUGACAACUGCUGGUCGCUAGUGGAGCAUCAUUCCCUGCUUGGUCUGGAGAGGUGCCUGGAAGAUCAUGAACUGGUGGUUCCAGUGCAGGCCUGCAUGUCUCCAGAGAGCAAGUUUCUCUUCAGGAAGAACUAUGCCAAGUACGAGUUUUUCAGAAAUCCACUGAACUUCUUUCCGGAGCAGAUGGUCGCGUGGUGUCAGGAAUCUAAUGGCUCUAUCCCACAGUCCCAGCUCUUACAGAAUUUCUUGAAUUCCAGCAGCUGUCCAGAGAUCCAGGGCUUCCUUUAUUUGAAAGAGACAGGCCGAAAGUCCUGGAAAAAGCUCUACAUGUUCUUGCGCCGUUCUGGGCUGUACUGCUCUACUAAAGGAAUGUCUAAGGAGCCAAGGCACCUGCAGUUACUGUCGGACUUGGAGGAGAGCAAUAUUUUCACUGUGACAACGGGCAGAAAGUUGCACAAUGCGCCCACAGACUACCAAUUCUGCAUUAAGCCCAGUAAGGGCAGGACAGAACAGAAGGAGUUGAAGAUGCUGUGUGCAGAGGACGAGCAGAGCCGAACGUGCUGGAUGACUGCUUUCAGACUGCUCAAGUUUGGAAUUCUGCUAUAUCAGAACUACAAGACCCCACACCAGAGAAAGACUGCCAUAUCAAACUUCACCACACCUGUGCGGAGUGUGUCCGAGAAUUCACUGGUCGCCAUGGAUUUCUCAGGAAGGACGGGUCGUGUGAUUGACAACCCUGUGGAGGCUCAAAGCGCUGCCAUGGAAGAGGGACACACUUGGAGAAAGCGAAGUCAGAGAAUGAAUGUUUUGGGAAGCCCCAGUCCUCUACAUCCCUCACCGUUAAGUUCAGUGAUUCACAGGACGCAGUUAUGGUUUCACGGCCGCAUUAUGAGAGAAGAAUCCCACAGGAUGAUUAUGCAGCAGGGCCAAGUUGAUGGAUUAUUCCUAUUGAGAGACAGCCAGAGCAAUCCAAAAGCAUUUGUUCUCACCUUGUGCCAUCAUCAGAAGAUUAAACACUUCCAGAUUUUACCUUUUGAGGAGGACGGCCAGGUCUUUUUUAGCCUUGAUGACGGCUCUACCAAGUUCACAGACCUGAUCCACCUGGUAGAGUUUUACCAGCUCAACAGGGGUGUACUGCCCUGCAAACUCAAACACCCCUGCACCAUGGUGGCCUUAUGACCCCCUCCUGAUCCUUACAAACAACACACACACAAAUGUAACUGAGAAACUGGAUGUUUUGUUUUGUUUUGUUUUGUUUUUUUAUAAUAAUUUCCAGUCAUUUUCACAAUAAGCUGACGCAACCCACAGGCAUGAAAAUUAUCUCAAUUUUUCUCACUGCCCUGGGAUUAGCAUAAAAACGUUUGGGAAUAAUUAUGGGACAAGAUCAACUUCCCACACACCCUGUCCUUUGGUUUUGACAAGGGUGUCUGAUUUUUUUUUUUUUUUUUUUAAACAGUCUCUGUGGUGAUAUUCAUGAACUUUCACUGAAUUCAAGACUUUUUCAUCAUUCAGGACAUGACAGUAGACACACACCCCCAUAAACUGAUUGGAUCAGGAUGGUCGUUUCGUGUGGUGUGUCUGCGGGGACUUGCAUUGCAAAAAGUUACUUGAUGACAAUUGAUAUGUAUUAUGUUAUUUCCUACCUGAACAUUUUGCACUCUCAAGCUGAAACAGGUGUGAUCCACUUCAUCCUGAGCUUACCGCAACAACUGUUACCCAUUUGCCUUCCUCCUACCGUUCACCCUUUCUGUUGUUUGUCCUCUUUUAAACUCUUCCUGGGAAUUCCCUGUGUAAUGAUGGGAUUAGUGCAAAGGCAAUGACAGUAGUGACCAUAUGAGGUGUGACAUCCUCAGUGACAGCCAAAUAACCUAACUCGGUCUUUCAUACAUCGCUAUAUCUAUGUCAGCGAGGAGGGACUAGCCGCAAGGGGUGGCAGACUUGCACUUCAAUAAAUUAUACUUGAUUUGCUAUGCUUUACAAGCAUAAGAAUUAGUUAAGUUUGGAGUUCUUAUCAAGCUUUGCCUUAAAGGAAUGCUCGGGGUUAAAUAUAACUUAAGCUCCAUCGACACUAUCCGUCACAUGCUGUUGAUUACAACAGAAAAUGUACUUUGACAAAAAACAAAAAGUGUGUCGGCAGUCACCUGCUUAUAAUGCAACUCUAUGGGGUGACAAACCCUUUUUAUCAAUGGACUUGCUUUGUAAGUGGAUUUCAAUCAACAUAUUUGUUUUUCAAUGUGUUUCUAAACUGUCAAACAAGUAUUUGUCAUAAUUGACCACAUAUGCACACCGUAGCUUAAAGGGACAGUUCACCCAAAUAUUGAAAAUUGUAAUGUCAAAAUUAUCACCAUCAUGUAAUUCCAAAGGUGUAUGACAGUCUUUCUUCAGUGGAAAACAGAAGAUAUUUUGAAGAAUGUUUUUGUCCUCAAAAUGAAAGUCAGUAGUGUCCAAAAUGGUUUGGAACCCAUUGACUUUUAUUCUACAGAGAGAAAAAAAAAAAUAUUUGAAAUUUAUAGUAAUAUAUUAAUGUAUAUAUUAUAAAUGUAUUAUUGUUUUUAUAUUAAUAUUUGAAUAUUCUAAUAUUUUCUUUUGUGUUUCACAGAAUAAAAGUCUUUGGAAUAACUUGAAGGUGAGAAAAUUAUCGAAUUUGUUUUAGUAAACUGUCCCUUUAAAAUGUAUUUAGCUCAGAACGUAGGAAUAGUGUUUAGGACGCGAGGAUUAACGAUCAGUAACCACGAUGUGUUCGUUAAUAUCUUUUGAAAACUAUCCACAUCCCUUUUUUCCGUUUAGGAAGACAAAGCUCUAUUUAAAUCGUUUCGCUCUCGGCAUUGAAAAAUGCUCUAUAUAUCGAUUGUGCGUAGUUUAUAUUUGGAGUCAUUAAAGGGAUAGUUCACCCAAAAAUGAAAAUUCUGUCAUCAUUUACACACCAUCAGGUUGUUCCAAACCUGUAUGAAUUUCUUUGUUGUGUUGAAUUCAAAAGAAAGAUAUUUAGAAGAAAGUUUGUAACCAGGCCGCUUUGGGGCACCAUUGACUUCCAUAGUAGGGAAAAAAAUACUAUAUGUUAUAGAAGUUGUCAAUGGUGCCCCUUUGUGUUCAACAGAACAAAGAAAUUUAUACAGGUUUGGAACAACCUGAUGGUGUGUAAAUUAUGAUAGAAUUUUCAUUUUUGGGUGAACUAUCCCUUUAAAAACUUGAUUCGGCCCUCAGAAUGCAACUGAAACUUGACCUAGGCCUCGUAUCCCACCCUGAGCACAAUUCAAGAGGGUUAGUAUUCGUUCAAUUCACUGACUCCAGGUCGUGUUACUUUUUGCGAACGUACCUAGCUGUUAGUAUAGCCCGAAGCUUAACAACUGCCUUUUCAAAUCACUGUGCUGUUCUUGAGCCAUGUUAAAACCCUAAAAGUGACAGGCCAGCCUCGAACUGAGCGCCUGCAGGGAUCGGCCGCGCACACGGUUGAGGACUUUGCGAAGUCAAGUCUCACGGGUGUGUCUGUAAUCCUCCGGGGCUGAGUGUGACAUAAUGCGGUGAGGAGAUUAUCUCGCGUGCCAGCUUUGCUACAAGGAGGUUAGCGGCAAAAGCUGGUGUACGGUUACCUGCGGCGCUACUUCAGCAGUCUCCUGUCUGUCCCCGACGUCCGCCUUGUUACCCUUCAACACUGGCCCAGCAAGACUAAGCUAUGGUUUUUUUUAAUAUGCUGACAGCUGACUGUUAUACUGCUGAGCUUAGAACCACACGCGCCUAGGACGAGAGUGUGUAUGAUGCACACUGCGAUUGUGAAACACUUUAUGAUACCACAUAAGCACCUUUUUUAAUUUUCACAUAUGAUUCACGCUGUUUAACUUAUGUGAAAUGCUUUUGAGGACGUUUUUCAUCUCAGAUGUUAGCUACGACUCUGAUCUGCCUUAUCUUAUGUUAUUAUCGCUUCCUUGCCGCACCUAAUUCGAAUUUGUAAAUUGUUACGAAAUGUGGAAAGUACACGCAUUACGCAUUCAGUGUCUGGGAUUGUGGUUGACUAUCAUCAUGUUGUUUCAAUUUAGUAGCCUAAUUUAGUCACAGUUCCAGCCUGCAUGAGUUAUACCUACAAGGACGCCUGAAAACGUAUAUUCUAACUGGAAUACGCAAGUGUGAACGCUGAUUCGUUUCGUCCAACUCAUGAUCAAAGUGUUUGGACAAUGCUUAUUUUCGUCAGACCUGUGCUGUUGUGUGGCUCACAACUAUGAAAUGCCAAACAUGCAUGUGAAAUAUGAACGUCCCCUACCUUCAUUAUGCCGUUUUGGUGUUGAUUUUUUUUUUUUUUUUUUUUUUUUUUAAAUAAUAACACAGGUGAGUUUGUUUCACCUGUAUGUUUGGCUCAUAUGCAGCAGUCACACUCUUCUAAGUAUGUGAAGCCUAAAGAGAGGUAGUAGAUCUAACACUGUAUUAAACACCAUCUAUUACUAUAUAAAUGUGGUGCGCUUCAAAACAGAAUGAAGAUGUUUUGCAUAAAGUGCAAAUUAUGCAUAUUCCCUCUCGACAUGUACCAGUGUGAAAUAUUUUUAGCUUGUAUCGUGUUUUCAUUUUUAUGUCACAAAUGUCUUUUUAUAAAGAGUAUAUAUUACAGUAUUAAAUUAA